CCCGGAGAACUGAGCCACGCACGCGAGGCCUCCGCGCCCACUCGGCGCUCGGCUGAGGGGGCGGCCGCUGGCGGCUGGGCGUGGGCUCAGCGCGAUCCCGGCUACCGGGAUGACUCGGGGCUCGGCUCUCUCGCCGCAAACUUCGUGCAAGUUCUGGGAUUUUGACGCAACUGGACUCCCCCUGGCAGCCCCUGGGAGGGGUUGAGGGGAUGGUCCGACGGAGAGCUAGUUACGGGGCUCCGACUCAUCCGUCCGGCCGAGGCUGAGGCCCCAGGAAGACACCCUCCGCCAUCCCUGCUCAGUUCCAGGACGGGAGCGCCCUCGGUGUCACCCGGCCCUGGCUUUUUGGACCCCUCCAAACACCAAGUCCUCAAGCUCCGAGCGUCCGGCGAUGCCGAAGCACGCUGCUCCCCCCACGCCCGCGGGGCCCGAGGAUCUGGCGGGGCGCCCCUCGCCUCGGGGAGCCGCUCCGGCCUCCGGCAACGUUGUCUCCUCUCCCCAAGAUCCGGCAGCCGGAGGGGAUGACGCGGGUGCCUCCACAGCCCGGGUUCCGGGAGGGGAAGGCGAGCCCCACAGCCGGCACCCCGACGCCCGCCUGGGCAGCACCGAUAAGAAGUUGAAGGCAGCAGCCAAUGCCGAGGGCAGCGCUCCGACAGCGCUGGGGAACCCGAGGCAGGGGACGCCGCGGGUCCAGGUUAUGGAUCCAGCCCGGGGCCCCUGGAGCCAGCUCCCAAGGCCCUGCCUGGUGCUGGUGCUGCUCAACCCACGCGGUGGCAAAGGCAAGGCCCUGCAGCUCUUCCGGAGCCACGUGCAGCCCCUGCUGGCCCAGGCUGACGUCUCCUUCAGGCUUAUGCUCACUGAACGGCGGAACCACGCCCGGGAGCUGGUGCGCGCGGAGGAGCUGGGACGCUGGGACGCGCUGGUGGUCAUGUCUGGAGACGGGCUGAUGCACGAGGUGGUGAACGGCCUCAUGGAGCGGCCUGACUGGGAGACCGCCAUCCGGAAGCCUCUGUGCAGCCUCCCAGCCGGCUCUGGCAAUGCGCUGGCAGCUUCUGUGAAUCAUUACGCUGGCUACGAGCAGGUGACCAACGAAGACCUCCUGAACAACUGCACACUGCUGCUGUGCCGGAGGCAGCUGGCCCCCAUGAACCUGCUGUCGCUGCAGAUGGUAUCGGGUCUGCGAGUCUUCUCCGUGCUCAGCCUGGCCUGGGGCUUCAUCGCCGAUGUGGACAUCGAAAGCGAGAAGUUCCGGCGUCUCGGGGAAAUGCGCUUCACAGUGGGCACCAUCCUGCGCCUGGCAGCCCUGCGCAUCUACCGCGGCCGGCUGGCCUACCUGCCCGUAGAACAGGGGGUCUCCAAGGCACCCACCUCCCCUCUGGACUGGCAGGACCGGCAGGGCCCUGUGGACGCCCACCUCGUGCCCCUGGAGGAGCCGGUGCCCGCCCACUGGACGGUGGUGCCGGAGCAGGACUUUGUGCUGGUCCUGGUGCUGCUGCACUCACACCUGGGCAGUGAAAUGUUUGCCGCCCCCAUGAGCCCCCGCGCGGCCGGCGCCAUGCACCUGUUCUAUGUGCGGGCGGGCGUGUCUCGGGCCAUGCUGCUGCGCCUCUUCCUGGCCAUGGAGAAGGGCAGGCACAUGGAGUUUAACUGUCCUUACUUGGUGUAUGUGCCUGUGGUGGCCUUCCGCCUGGAGCCCAAGGACGGGAAGGGGAUGUUUGCAGUGGAUGGGGAGAUGAUGGUCAGUGAGGCUGUGCAGGGCCAGGUGCACCCAAACUACUUCUGGAUGGUCAGUGGCCGCGGGGAGCCUCCUCCUUCUCUGGAGCCGCAGCGGCUGCCGCCCAGCCAGAAGGCUCAGCAGACGCCACCGCUUCCCUCGUGACUCCUUGGGUCUUGCUGUGCCUUAGUCUGUCUACCUAGGGUACCCCGAGCGCGGGGCCCUCCCCUCUUCCCCUGGGACAGGAGGGCUGGUCCCAGCUCGGCCCCAGCUCCCUUGGGGAGAAGGGGACAGCUCCUGUGGAAGGCUGGAUGGAGGCUGUGCUUCGCAAGGAGUAGCUGCUUGGGCCCCACUGUGGUGUGGAAGCCCCACCAUUGUUUUGGGAGCUC